AUGAAUCAAAUCGUUUCUGGGAUUCAAUUUAAUGUAGGGCCUAGAUAUGAUGUUAAAAAAUUACUAGGGGCUGGUGCAUAUGGACAUGUUGCAUUGGCUAUUGAUAAGAAAUAGACAGACCCUGAUUACUAGAAAGUGGCUAUUAAGAAGCUCCACCUGGUGAGAGAUGAAAUAGAUGCUAAAAGAGUCUUGAGAGAAAUUAGAAUAUUGCGAACAAUGAAGCACGAGAACAUUCUUCGCUUGGAACAUCUCAUUUAUGAUGACUCAAAUAAAGAAUUGGAUUUUGGGGAAAUAUAUUUGGUUACCAAUUACAUGGAAGUGGAUUUAUAUAAAAUAAUAAAGAGCGGCUAGAAUCUGACUGAUCAGCACUUCCAAUACAUCAUGUAAUUUCCUAUUGAUAACAUAGGUAUCAAUUAAUAAAAGCAUUAAAAUAUUUGCAUUCAGCCAACAUUGUUCAUCGAGACAUCAAGCCAAGUAAUAUAUUGGCAACUGAGAAUUGCGAAAUCUGUUUUUGUGACUUUGGAUUGGCCAGACAAAUCGAGGAAUUGGAAGCCGAAGACAAUCGCUGUCAGAAUAUGCUUACAGAAUACGUUGUUACAAGUAUCGAUAUUUCAAAUAUUAAUCUAGGAUACUACAGAGCUCCUGAAGUUAUGUUGUCAUCACAUGAAUAUUCAACUGCAAUUGAUAUGUGGUCGUUGGGUUGUACCUUUGCUGAAUUAAUCACCAGAUAAAUUUUAUUUAAGGGAACAAAUUAUAUUCAAAUGAUUAAAUUGAUCUUUGAUACUUUGGGAAAACCAGGUGAGGAAGAUUUGGGCUUCAUUACUAAUGCAAAUGCCAAAAAGUAUGUUAGUAGCCUAUAAACCAAACAAAAAGCAUCUAUUGGCUCUGUUAUCAAAUAUUCUAAUCCUUAAGCCAUCGAUUUAUUAGACAAAUUGCUUGAAAUUAAUCCUAAAAAGAGAAUUACAAGUGCUGAAGUACAUCAUUAUUACAAAUAACUCCUAGGCUCUUAAUCAUCCUUACUUAGAACCAAUUAGAGACCCUGAUGAUGAACCAUCAUUUGAAGGCAAUUUAGAUUGCUAAUUUGAAAAUGAUAGCACUAUCUAAUUAAAAGAUUUGAAGGCCCUGAUUUUGAAUGAGGUGAAUAUCAUGAGACAAAAAAACUCAGAACCAAUAAUCAAUGUUCAGUUGGAGAUUGAAAAAAGAGAACAAAUAACUAAAAUAAAUUAAUAAAAAAAAUAGCAAUUGAAACAAUAAUAAAAACAAUAGCAAUAAUGA